AUGUCCAAGUUCUGGCAAUCAGAUGUGUCAGCCAUCACUUGGCCCUCGUUCUCUCUCCAUUCCAUUGACCUGUCCCGUCUUAAAGACAGAAUAUUUGAAGUGAAAAGCAGUCCCCAGCUACUAGGGACAUUCUUCCUAUGCAGCAUUAUUCUCUACUUUGGAGUUGUUUUGCUGCGGGACCCGUUGUCCCAUGUUCCCCCACUACACUGGUCUACACCGUUUUCGCGGUUGAAUCAGCUCUACACAACUUACUACCAUGAUCGCCAUUUUGCCAACUAUGAUGCGCACAAGGAAGUUCCUGGGAAGAGGAAGUUCCGACCUGUAGUGAGAGUCGGCCCGAACGAGGUCAGUUUGAUGACUGCGGCCGGUGUGCGUACAGUCUACGGUGGGAACUUUGAAAAGGCUGCUUGGUACGAGGUAUUCUCAAAUUAUGGAAAGAACAACAUGUUCUCGUUUACAGGCAAUGCCGAUCAUGCAGCGAGACGCCGAAUCUUUUCUUCCAAUUACCUCAAGUCGAAUGUCUCGACUCCCUACAUCCAGCAGAUUAUCCAAUCUCGCGUUGAAAAGAUGAUUCGCUUCAUCGAUUCUGCCGUAGAGGAAGAUACCAAGAAGACGCAGCCUAUGGUUGUGCGCAACAUUUACCGGGCCAUGCAGUCUGAUAUCUCCACGCGAUUCGCAUUUUCAGAUUCAUACGGCACAGAUUGGCUGGACAAACUCAGUGGACCGGUAAAUCAAAGCAAACACACCGGAAUGCAUGUUAUGGACUUUUUCCAUCAAGAGCUGAGAGAAGCAACUUUCUUUUGGGAAAGCGAACCCCCGUUCCUAUACGUCAACCAACUGCUUGUCCCCAAUGGCCCACCGGAGCAGCAAAAUGCACAAAAGUGGGCUGCUGGUCUAUUCCGCCGUUUUGAGGCUAUGCUAGAUGAGAGCUCUAACCGAGAUGAGCUGGUUCGUCAAGGCGUAUAUGGAAAAUUAUAUACAUACCGGGACUCAGAGGGAAGGCCAUUGUCAUUUGAGGACCGGGCCAGUGAGAUGCUGGAUCACAUUGGUGCUGGCCACGACACUAUGUCCGCUUCUCUGGAAUAUCUAACGCGACAGAUCAGUCUAUCGCCUGAUGUCCAAGCCAAGCUCCGGGAGGAGCUUUGCGUUGAACAUGGAGGGACUUUCGAGACAUAUGCUGAUCUUGACAAAUUCCCAUAUCUCCACGCCGUUGUCAUGGAAGGUUUGCGCCUUGUUUACACAAUCAACUUUUACCAACCCCGCGUGGUCCCUAAAGGGGGUUGCACAAUAGAAGAUAUAUACCUUCCGGAAGGGACUAUUGUCGGGUCGCAGGCGUAUCUCGUUCAUCGCCAGCCCGAUAUUUUCCCCGAUCCCGAGGCAUUUAAGCCUGAGAGAUGGUUGGUUGAUGAGCAGCAGGCUCGAGUUUUGUUGCGAAACUUCUGGACCUUCGGAAGCGGACAGCGCGGCUGUAUUGGAAGGGAUCUGGCAAUUUCAGUUCUCAAGAACACGCUUUUCGCUAUCUACACGAGGUUCCAAACUACUCUUACGAAUGAGCAUGGGCCGAGAAGGCCGUGGGAAGGACACUAUGCAAUGGCCGAGGUGGAAUUUGUUCCCAUUUCUGCCUGA